UCUCAGCAAUAAGCAUGGCGCUAAAUAGUUUACCUAUAGUCCUGGCAUUGGUAGUCUUGGCUCAAGGAGCAAGCUUUGGGCAGGACGAAAGACUGCGCUAUGACAACUACUCGGUUUAUAAAGUCAAGUUUGAAACUCAGGCGCAGAGAAGUAUCCUAAGGAAGCUUGCAGAAGAUCGAGAAAAUUUCAGGUUGUGGCAUGAAGCCAAGGAUGAGUUACACCUGAUGCUAAGUCCAGGUGCCUUUGGCGAACUUGAGACUGAAAUUCAGAAAACCAAUGUCACUGCAGAGCUGUUCAUCAGCAAUGUGCAGGAACUCAUCGAUUCGGAGGAAGCUGCCAAUCUGAAAGCCAGCAGAGAUGGAACAUUUGGUUGGACGAAGUACAAUUCUCUGGCCGAAAUUUAUGCUUGGUUGGACGAUAUACUAGCUGCUUAUCCAACGAUAACAGAGAGUUUUAUAGUGGGUCAAUCGUACGAGGGACGCACCAUUCGGGGCAUAAAGAUCUCCUAUAAGUCGAAUAACCCAGGUGUGCUUAUUGAGUCCAAUAUACAUGCAAGGGAGUGGAUCACCUCUGCGACAGCCACUUGGCUGAUAAACGAGUUCCUUACCUCUACGGAUGAAUUAGUGCGGGAUCUUGCGGAGAAUCACGACUGGUAUAUAGUGCCAGUGCUGAAUGUCGACGGUUUUGUGUACACUCAUGAAAAGGAUCGCAUGUGGCGAAAGACCCGUCAACCCUCCGAAAUUUCUAGUUGCAUUGGAGCAGACCCCAAUCGAAACUACGAUUCGCAUUGGAUGGAGAACGAGGGGGCUUCUUCGAAUCCCUGUGCUGAGGAUUACGGUGGACCCAAGCCCUUUUCGGAGCCUGAAAUCCAGGCCAUGUCUGAGUUUGUAAUCAGCAUCAAGGAUAAAAUCAAUGUUUUGCUCGCGUUCCACUCGUAUAGUCAGCUUUUGCUCUCUCCCUAUGGACACACUAAAGAGGAGUUUCCUCCCAAUUUUGAUGAUAUGAUGGAAGUUGCUAAGGCCUAUGGAGAUGCUGUUGAGAGCCUACCUUAUGGAACCGUUUACAGAUACGGCUCAGCUGCGGGCAUUCUUUAUCCCGCGUCUGGAGCCACCAUCGAUUGGGCAUACAAUGAACAAGGAGUGGAGAUAUCGUAUACCAUUGAAUUUAGGGACACCGGUCGAUAUGGUUUUAUCCUGCCACCGGUGCACAUUAUUCCAAACGCAGAGGAGGCACUAAUCGGCAUUGCUGCCCUAUUAGAAAAGUGUAAAGACCUCGGCUAUCUCGGGCUUAAGAGCGCGCUGUAAGUGCUGGGGAAAUUCAAUGUGCAAUAAAACAAUAAAGAUUAACUGC